UCAAGGCUUUGACUCCUCAUGUCGGCCUCUCCAUCCUCGUGUCGUCAGCAACUUGAGCUUGGGUUGAAGCGGAAGCUGAGCUCGCGCCUGCGCCAGGACAUCUCGCUAGCAAGCACCCUCGGUCGCUCUCUGAGGUGUCCUCCCUUCUCAGCAUCGCGUGCACUCUUCCUCAUCAGUCAUUCGGACGCAAAUCGUCCGCCGUCAUCUGCUGCAUCUCGCUCUUCAAUGCGCAGGUAAAAGUGGAGCUGGGGAUUCUUUUAGGAAGCCUCUGUGCAGGCUUGCGAAGACCGAGUAGAAUCGCAACACCGGCGGAGUGUGGAGCAAGAUGCCGGACUAUUCAAUCUCUGUCGGAGAAGCUGGUGAGAAUGAAGCCGAGUUUCUCACCCUGCGUCAACUUAGCUUGGGCGUCAAGGCACGGCUAUCAAAGCCAUUGGAUGUCAAGGCAAAUAGGACAUCAGUGAAUCUCUUGGCAGUAUCGUCGCGCAGAGGACUGCUUGUUGCUGCCACUGAUCAAGGUCUAGCUAUACACGCUCUCAGCUCGCUACGGUCAACCUUUAGCGAAUCGAAGAAGAACACGACGGUGGAGCCGCAGCCUAUCCAGAGAAUACCGACACCGGCUGCCGUCUCGUUCCUCCGAUUUGCCGAUGAUGAUGAAAGGAUUCUCGUUGGACUGGAGAAUGGGGCGCUGGCAAUCUGGACUCUGGAGCACGCGCUCGAUGGUAAUUCGCAAGCUACGCACACGCUGCAGCCUCCGGCAGCUAAUUUGGGACUUUUGGAGGUGGCCGCCAACCCUGGAGAGCGCGCAGAGCUAAGUGUCGUUCUUUACGCCGAGAGGCAAGCAGACGCUUCGGAUGGUACAGACGGUCAAGCACGCAUCUUAGAUAUGCGGAGCGGACAAUGGGGCGCCCCGCUGAAUGUUGGAUCGGCCAUUUUGAGCGCGUGCUGGAGCACGAAAGGAAAACAGAUUGCCCUAGGCCUGGCCGAUGGAGGCAUUGUUCAACUCACUCCAGAGGGAGAGAUCAAAGAACGGAUCCGACCUCCAACAGACUUGGCGCAGGACAUGGGAAUCAUUCAUCUCUCUUGGCUUGAGAACAACGUCUUUGUGGCUACGUACAACACUAUCUCGUCUGGCUCAGCCGACGAGCCAGAUCACUCAGAGACGCUGUACGCCAUUUUGAGGAACCCCAAGACGUCCUCGUUGCAGUACUUGCGCUUCCCGCUGGAUCCUGCACCCUCAUUCGGCGACACUUCAAGGCGCACUCAAAGAUACGCAGUCUCGCUGAAGGGAUGGUCUCCAAGCAAGCAUUUGCUGUUCCUAGCUGCGUCUGCAUCCACCGACGUCGGCGUACUGCUUUCUCGUGCGGACGCAUUCGACACAGAGACGGAGGGCUGGGAAUCCGCCGAGCUGGAAGAGACAAGUAGGCCGACGCUCCCCUUCUCUUCCGUCGACAAAGAGAGUGACACAGCUCCAGUUGCUUUGGCGGUGGACUUGUCCGCAACGGAGAACGUAGAUGAUCCUCUCGCGGCUGCUAGGGGCGAGGAUGGGACCAAGAAGCUCCCUCCUUGUCCUAUACUGUUGGUCUACACCACGGAUGGCGUUCUUCUCGCUUACCACGUCAUCAACACCACAGGAGCGGCCUUCCCAGGAAUGUUGACAAGCGAAGCUCCGUCCGUAUCAACGCCUGCAAAAGCUUCGCAAAGCCCACAGGAGCAGACGAAGGCUCUUUCCGCAGAUCAGCUUGCGCCGACGGUCCCUUCAGAGGGAGCUGCAUCAGUGACUAAGCCAGCACCGCCCAGUAUUGGCGCCUUUGGCAAGCCAAGCGUUUCCUUUGGAUCGACUGGCUUCUCCUUCGGCUCGCCGAGCCCGAGUAGCGCGAGCCCCAAGGACGAGAAGCCAAAGAAUGCUUUCUCUUUCGGACAAAGCAGUGCGGACUCUGCGUCUACGUCCGCAUUUGGCAACGCACCUGCUCCAACUUUCCAGGGCACCGCCUCUGCUUUUGGCCAGCAGUCCGCGCCCUCAGCGUUCGGAGCCAGUACCGCACCUUCGGCCUUUGGCAAGACAUCAGCGCCCUCCGCAUUUGGAGCUACAGCAUUCGGCGCGCCGUCUGCUUUUGGACAGGGCGCAACAUCUUCGCCGUUCGCCUUCGGCAAGAGCACAACGUCGGCAUUCGGAAGUCCUUCGAAGUCGGCCUCUCCCUUUGGCCCUCCAUCUGCGUCUUCUGAGACUGGAUCGUCUUCUUCGCCUGCAAGAGCUUUUGGCGCACCGUCCGUUUCCACUGGUCCUCCUAGCGCGUUUGCAAACCAAGCGGACGUCAAAACAUCAGCUGCUCCAGCCUUUGGAUCUACAAGCGCUUUCGGUAGCAGCGGCUUUGGACAGCCCUCUGCAUUUGGACAAUCCUCUGCCUUUGGCAAAGGUGCUUCGGCCAGUGGCACUGCAUUCGGACAAACAUCUGCCUUUGGAAAACCGUCCUCCGGACAAUCCUCUGCCUUUGGCAAAGGUGCCUCGGCCAGUGGCACUGCAUUCGGACAGACAUCUGCCUUUGGCAAACCGUCUUCCGCUGAUUCCGGUGGUGGCUUUGCAAGUAAGGCAGCGUCCAACGCUCUCACGUCGAUAGGCGGUUCCUCGUCUCCAUCUUCAUCUGGAAGUGGCGCACCUUCGAUGGGUGGAUUCGGAGCUUUCUCGAACGCAAAGCCGCUAUUUGGUGCGAAGGCUGCCGAUUCUUCUGCUUCCAUCUUUGGCGAAGGUGGAGCUCUUCAGAGCGGUGGUAAGCCUGCCUUCGGUCAAAGAUCACCGAGCUUUGGCUUGAAAGAGUCGGCAGCGAAGCUGGCUUUUCAAACCACCGGUUUCCGGACUGGCCCUGGAGGAUCGAUGGACAAGGCUUCUGCGCCUCAGAGUGCAGCUUCGACAGUCGAUGCCAAGUCGGAGCCGAGCAAAGCGGAAGAGUCCAAAGGCACGUUCGGUUUUGGUGGAUUUGGGUCUCUCCUGAACGAUCAGAAGCCCAGCUCUUCUCGCAGUCAAGAGGCCGACGAGCGCCGAAAACAUACACCGUCGCCCCCAAGCUCACCUCCAGCGAGUCACGAGGCGACACUGUCUAGUAGCCCGUAUGCCAUGGGCUCUGGGGUGCGAGCAGCGCCGAGCAGUGACGAGUCGCAGCAGUCUGUCAUUACUCAAGAACCUCACGUGACCGACCAUGGAAGUGUGCAAGAGCACCUUUCAUCGCCAGAAACCUCCCCUAAAGGGAGAGCACCAGCGCCAGCGUCAGCAAGGACACCUAGUCACAGUCCGAAACGGGACGUUUCCGAGUCUGCGACGCCUAGUCCUGCUGUCUCGCCAUUCGACGACAAGACAAUUCAAUUGGAGACCAUCUCGGAGCCGGAACAAGACGAGGUGCGGCCGUACACCAUUGGUGAACAAGCUGGCGACGGCAUAUCAGAGCAAGGCGAAUCAGAACAAACACUUUCGCCCGCUGAAGAAGCCAAAGAAGAGGGCGAUGCACAUGAGUCAGGCGUGACCGAAUCCAGCCAUGAUGCUGAGGCGGAUGAAGAACCGUCACAAAAUGCAGACCAGUCACAAGACAUUCUCAAGGCCGAGAAAGGAGCUGCGUUCACCGCAGCCAAGCCGGUGUCUCCCGUUGGAGUAAGCGCGCGAACGCCCAGCGCAUCAGUGCCUGCAGUCCUUUCUGCGCCGCCUCUACCAGAGACUACCACUCCCCAGCACUCUCCUGACAGCAAGUCGAGGUCAGACGCUGCGGUGACAACCACAGGAUUCUUUACUCAGGGCUCCGCGCCUACCUCGCAGACCGUUCCAGCUACGGCAAAGACCUCCGCGAGUGUGACGGACUCGAGUGCAGCCGCUCCCCCAAACACAACAUCGCAUGCCGGCACUCUUUUCGGUAGCAAGCCUGCUGCAUCACAGCCACCAAACCCAAGUGCCUUCGGUAGUAAGGCCGUAGCACCCGAGCCUGCCGAAAGCAAAGGCGUGGCCCCCCAAAGUCAAGCAGCGAAGCCACAACCACCGUCGAAUUCUUUCGGCAAGGGAGCUUUCACUUCUGCCUUCAAUGCUCGAGCUCCACGAAGUAGCUCACCGCUGGCGGCGGCGCCAGUGAAUAGAUCCGACCUGUUCAGUUCACCUGAGAAGUCGCCCGCAGCCGGAGCAGCCAAGACGUUUGGUGGAUCUCAGGCACAACCUCCUCUCCUCCAACCGCAAUUUGGGGCGCCGGCUAGAUCAGGCGCUGUCCAGGGCGCAUCGAAGGAAGCUUCUUCGUUGUUUGGCCAACCAGGUAAAGAGAGGUCUGGGCCAAUAUUUGGCGCGUCCGGUGCUCAGCUUCCCACGCCAUUGUGGGGCGCGCCCGCCUCAUCGUCUGCACAGCCGCCCCAGCUCUCACCGCAGUUCAAAUUGGAGCCCACCGCUACGCAGUCUGCUUUUAGCUUUCAAAAGGCGGAAUCACAAGAUCGUCCGUCGCCAUCUCAGCUGCCACUACCUUCUUUACAAUCACAGAAGCCAAUUGGACACGCAGCACGAGGUGCAGUGACGAGCGCAUAUGAGGAUAGGCAUCCGCCUUUUCUAGGCAGCUCCCUCUCAGCACCACCCAUCGGUGACAUCAAGGAGUCUGGCAUCGCUGGCGAGUGCCUGCGGCUCUACCUUACAAUCGAGGAGGAGCUCAAAUAUCUGCGAAGUAAAGCCGAAGCAUGUGCGACGUUCCAAGCGGGUCUGAGGCAGCCCUGGGACGAGGAGCACUCUGGCGCCGAGAAGCCGCAUUGGACCUUCGGCGACCUACCAUUUUGCUUCGACGCCAUGAGAAAUUUGGAGAAGGACGUCAAGGCGUACGAAGAUCAGAGCGAGGGCAGGAAAAGAAGAGUGAUGGAACUGCAGAGUAUAGCGCUCAAGGCAGAGGCGAAGAGAGAAGAGGCAUCUCGAUUCAUCAGAGCGCGCUCGGAUGCUGGAUACGCUCGGCUGCUGCGAGUGCGAGAGCUUGGGCCUGAGCACGUGCAAAAUCAAGAUAAGAUUCGGGCGGGAAUUCAUUCCGUUCGCACACGCGUUCAAGAGCUGGCUGAGGUUAUCGAGUCUCUGAAAAGAGAGGUCCACCAGGAGCGAUCCGGAUCUGGGCAUCCUCUCCAAACACCGUCCCUGGAGAGCAUUCGUAGGAGCAUCACAAAUCUCUCGGCCGCGGUGACCGCACGAAUUCUGGAGCUGGAUCAGCUCGAGACAGAGCUUGAGCUUAGUCGGGGGGCCAGGAGUGCUGAAAUUUUCGAUCGAUACGACAGGUCGCCGGAAGCCUCAGCACUCUCUAUGACGAUGCGCAGCGUCCAUGUCUCAGGAGAGGGGUCGUUCGCAUCGAUGCGCGGCGACUUGGAACACAUACUCCCGGACGCAUUCACAAAGUCCUACGCGGCCGCGUCAGCCGAAGCAACCGCGCGAGAGGCCAUUAGUCAACAGCGAAGAUCCGCUUCGUUGCGGAACGCUUUCGCGCGUGCAAGACCCAAGCCUCUUCUGAAUAUUGUGCCGUCCGCGGCCAUUGAUCUUCAAACGCCGCCCUCUUCUCAUGAAAGGGAGUUCAGCUUGGCAGAUCUCGACAUCUCCUUAGCCAGAGGACCGGCCCAGAUCACGGCACCCGGCAAGCGCCAUGCAGGCGAAGCUCAUCAGAGCACUCAAGACCAAGCGCACGCGCCGAGCGCCCAUCGUGAGAUGGCUCCUCGUCUGUGGGGUGAAGGACAAUCCAAAGAUUUCUUCUCCUUGCCUCCAGAAUCCGCCCCUUUUGCUCCAGGCUCUCGAUCAGAGUCGCCAGGAAGCCAUCUCCGCCCAGGGCACGCCAAAUCAAAGACUCGCACUAAUGCCGCUGUGCAACUCCCGGCGUCGUUGACUGGAGACAAUCUUUUCGCUCCGGUAUCGCAAGCGUCCUCCACGACGCAUUCCGCAUUCAGCUUCGCGCCUCCACCUGGAUACAAUAGCAGCAAACCGGAAACCCGAGCAUCGUCGGGCGCUGCCGCAGUCUCGAGCUUCUUUGGCAAUCUAGGUCGCACAAAUGUGUCGCCAGAGGCCAGCAGCAAGUCCCUAACUCCGUUCGCGACGACUUCACCGAAUGUCUUUGGCCGCAGCAGUCCUCAAGUUACCACUUCCGCUUUGACGCCCGGCGGUUCUUUUGGCCAGUCGUUGGGCCUGAACAGUCCUGCUGCCACUUUCAGAUCUUUUGCAGGUCCGCAAGCUGCUGCCCCCGUGCACGGUGAUCGUAUAGUGCCCAAUCGUGCGCGUCAAGCCACAUCUCCAGGAGGGAGGAAUGUGAGCGAAGAUGAAGGGGCCGACGUGGAUGACGAGGAUGACCCGGACUGGGAGCCGGAUUGGGACGGUGAAGAGGACGAGGAAGAUGAUGACCAAGACGAUGAUGCGGAGGGAGAGGUGGAAGAAGAGGGUCUGAGCGAUGUAAAUGAGGAAGAGGAACCCGAAGAAGAGGAAUGACCGGGACGUAUUCUCACCAUACAAUGGUCUCACGGAAUCCAUCGCUUUUUGGAGAAUUUGCGUCGGCCGUUUGAGCGGG